AUGACGCUCGUGUCGAUCGACGACGACCGGCGGGGGAGCCAGAGCACAACAUUGCUGUUUCUGGCCUGCAAGCGCGACAAGCAAACCGUUUUCCUGGAGCCCAGCGAGACGGACAAGAUCCAGCGCUCCAUCGAUGUGAUUGCAGACCUGCUUCAGAAGGACAGUGACCACGUCUCACUCGUGUACCAAGGUCAACGCCUCGAUGCCGACCACAACGCUGCGGUUGGCUCGGGAACUCUGGCCAAACUCAUCGUCACCUUCACCGUCACAUCACGAGGGGACUGGAACGCGGUUACUGUUUCUCGUGUCUGUGUUACCGCGCCUGCUUUGACCGAAGAGGCACUCAAAAAGCUCGGUGAGCGAGCCGAUGCUGUCAAUGAACAGAGAGAGCGAUCACGGCGCAAGCGAAUGCGAAAGCGUGCCAAGGCUGAAGCCGAAUUUCGCGAUGACGGCAAGUCACAUCUGAAGGAGCUUGUGGGUGAGGGUCUUCUCGGACCGGAUCCAGAGGAGGAGGCCCCCUCCACCCCCGUAACUGGUGGUGCCAACCCAUCGUCAACCCCGAAUAAUGAUAAAUCAGAUGGCCAGAAUGCCACGUCCAGCCCCAGCAAGCGGGCCAAGUCCAUCACCGGUCUUGCGGGUGGUCCAGUCAGUAGCAAGCAUUUACAGGCCAUCAAGCUGGCCACCAACAUUGAUCGGCGUGAG